GAGCGGGGAGCGAAGCCGGCCCAGCAGCGCCGCGGGCAUCAUUUCGCGGGCAUCAUUUCGUUGGGCUGAGACACGGCAAGCAAGGAAUAUGAACAGGAAAACAAGGCGCUGGAUUUUCCACAUCUUCCUGAGCCUGGGGAUUGUGUAUAUCAAGAUCGGGGGCUUUUCCUCUGUGGUGGCCCUGGGAGCCAGCAUCAUCUGCAACAAGAUCCCGGGUCUCGCCCCCCGGCAGCGGGCGAUCUGCCAGAGCAGGCCCGACGCUAUUAUCGUCAUUGGGGAAGGGUCCCAGAUGGGCAUCAACGAGUGCCAGUUCCAGUUUCGCAACGGGCGCUGGAACUGCUCUGCCCUGGGAGAGAGGACCGUCUUCGGGAAGGAGCUGAAAGUGGGUAGCAGAGAAGCAGCGUUCACCUAUGCCAUCAUUGCUGCUGGAGUAGCCCACGCCAUCACGGCUGCCUGCACACAGGGAAACCUGAGUGACUGCGGCUGUGACAAAGAGAAACAGGGACAGUACCACAAGGAGGAAGGAUGGAAAUGGGGCGGCUGCUCUGCCGACAUCAGAUACGGAAUAGGAUUCGCCAAAGUGUUUGUGGAUGCCCGGGAGAUUAAGCAGAACGCGCGGACACUGAUGAACCUGCACAACAAUGAGGCUGGGCGCAAGAUUCUGGAAGAGAACAUGAAGUUAGAGUGCAAAUGCCAUGGGGUCUCGGGAUCCUGUACCACUAAAACAUGCUGGACAACUCUGCCGAAAUUCCGGGAGCUGGGCUACAUCCUUAAGGACAAAUACAACGAAGCAGUUCAAGUCGAGCCAGUGAGGGCAAGUCGCAACAAGCGUCCAACCUUCCUCAAAAUAAAGAAGCCACUUUCGUAUCGCAAACCCAUGGAUACAGAUUUAGUGUACAUAGAAAAAUCUCCCAAUUAUUGUGAAGAAGACCCCGUCACAGGCAGCGUGGGAACGCAGGGGAGGAUGUGCAACAAGACGGCCCAGCAGUCCAAUGGCUGCGACCUGAUGUGCUGCGGUCGAGGUUACAACACACACCAGUACUCGAGAGUGUGGCAGUGCAACUGCAAAUUUCAUUGGUGCUGCUAUGUUAAAUGUAACACAUGCAGUGAAAGAACAGAAGUAUAUACCUGUAAGUGAGUCCGUGGCUGGACAGGCUGACCGUGUCCCUGCCAUGAGUACAUUUGCACAUGCGCUCAACAAACCUACACAAGACCGUAGCAAAGACCUGCUCUCCCAAGAAGAAAUGCUGAUGAAUGGAUCCCUGUCUUUUCUUCUUACGUUUGUGGAUACAUAUUUCAGACUCUUAACAAAAGUCAUCCAAGAAACAAAUAAUAAAACCUCAAACUCCACUAAGCCCCCUGCCACAUGAGACAGAGAGAUGACUUCAAUUUAUCUGCGCUUCUAUAGCAAAAAAGCAGUGACUGCCUUGUGAAGAGACACCGGAGAAAAUUUUCUGACCACGGCAAUGAACUCUUGGUUUGGAAAAAAAGAUGGUCAAAAACUUGUGUGUAGAAGGAGCAGGGAGAGUGGGGGACAAACCCUCAGACACGGGCUUUGCACAGGAGGCGAUGGACAGUGCCCCGCUGUGACUCGCCCAAGUGAGUGUGCGGAUGAUACAGAUGUAGGCUUCUACACGUGUGAAAAGCUUCUGCUGGUCUUGCCCAUCUUUCCACUUCAUAACAUUUGCUACAGCGAGCAGAACUGUUGAAAUUUUCUGUAGACACUGCUUUAUCUGCCUUUUGUGUGCGUGUGCGUGCUGCAGAUUUAGCACAGGGAUUUGGGACACGUGGGACAUAAUAAUAGCAAUAUUUAACAAUUUAUUCAGAUAAAACUAAUAUUAAUUUAUUUAAUUAAAAAGAACUCUACCGACAUUUUUGGAACUAUUCUGCAAUUAAAGUAGAUAGCUUGCUUUCUUUGUGGAAUAAUUUUCUAGAAACAGCAAGGUAAAACUGGAGCUGUAUAUAUCGUUCUUUCCUAGGAUAUUUCUAAUAGUUGGACUUGCAGGAUGUGUACUAGAUGUUUAAGUACAAAAGUUGGCAUUUUAUAUAUAUAUAUGUACAUACACAAACACACUGAAUUUUUUUUUUUUUCCCCUGUUUGCUGCUAGUUGUCUGGAACAAAAGGUAGUGGUAAGGGUUGCAAAUCUUUACCAAGGUUUUUUUCUUUUUUUUUUUUUCCUUCAAUUAAAGAAAGAAACAUUAAUAAAAUCCUGUUUGAAAUAUGUCUAAAAAUAAGAAACUCCAGACAAACUUCCAUCUUUUGGAAAAUCAACCAUAGGAUAAGAGAGUAUAUUUUGUAAGAGACUAUUUUUAUAUAAAUAUUUUAUUUAUACUACGUCUGCUUGUUCAACCUGUACUUUUUCUCAAAACAGGCAUACAAUUUGUAAUUCUUAGGCUAUUUAACAGAGAAAGGCUAAUUAGCUUGUGGACACAACAGCAGCAAGCUGGAUACAUUCAGCUGCAAUUGGUGGAUGUGUCAGAAAGCAGAAUGAACUUUCUCUCCGGAUGUGUGUACAAACUGGCUCUUUUCCUGCAGCUCAAUCUGCAGAAUUUGCAAAACAAGAACAUGGUAUGUAGCAUCAAUUUUGUCACAUGGCUUGAAUUCAUGAUUGGUAUUAACUGGAUGCUCACUUAUCCCAUUCAGGAAAAAAAAUCCG